GUACUGGUGUUGUUGAGGGUCAAUUUUUACGAAUUAGUACUACGGCGGCCGCAAUAUGGCAACAAAUGAUGAAAAUCAGUAGUGUUAUUACAAUAUUAAAACAAAACAAACAUAUUAAACGAACAGCAGGCCAGAUCUUAGUAGCACAAUUACGUGAUUAUCAUGUUAGAAAAGCACCUUAUAAUGCAUCCUAUAUGGUCAAUGUUGAUAAUCCUAAAACAUGGUGGGAAACUUGUGAAUCAAAAUUUCCAUAUUUGCAAUUAUUAGCUGUAAAAUUGUUUUCUGUUUCACCACAUGCAGCUAGCUGCGAACGUAUCUGGUCAACUUGUGGCUGGAUUUAUGGACAACAGCGUGUAAAUCUUUUAGUUGAAAACAUAGAUGCAAUUGCUCAAGUUCGUUCAUAUUAUAUUGCAAACAAUAAGUUUGAAUUACCACGUUAUAGUGAGAACAAAUCAGCUGAAGAUAUUAGAAAGAUACUAUAUGAUGCAGACCUUUAUGAAGAAACUGAUAUGGUUGACUUUGAACAAGCUAUAUUAAAUGCUAAUAUUAAUCAGUCUAGUGUUGAUGAUGAUAACGAUGUUGUUCAAAAAGAGCUUUUUGAAAUAGAAGAAACUUUAGAUUUGUCAAAUACAUCAUUUUUACCAGAAACGAGUAGACAAACUGAAGCGGAUAUAGAUGUUGAUGUUUUAGAGCCAGGAUCAAGCGACUGGUUAGAAGAAUUUAAUCAAGAGGAAGAUUAUGAUCCAGCUGAAUUAGGAGAAAU